AUGCGAAAGUCGGAAUGGGUCGACAUGGGAGUGAAGGUUGAUGGUUGGCAGCUACACCAUUUCCGCUUUGCUGAUGACAUCGUACUGACAACACCUAGCAUCAGCCAAGCGGAACGAAUGCUGACCGAAUUCAACGAAACAUGUGGAUACAUCGCUCUUCAGCUGAAUCUGCAAAAUACGAUGUUCAUGUGCAACGGAUGGGUCUCGGAUGCCCCAUUCACGUUCAACGGAACGAACAUAUUCGAAUGCAUCAGCUACGUUUAUCUGGGUCGGGAGUUGAACAUGAUGAACGACCUUACUCCCGAGCUGGGCAGGAGGAGGCGAGCGGCUUGGGGAGCGUAUAAGAGCAUCGAGGAUGUAGUGAAGAAGACCAGGAACACCCGGCUCCGUGUUUACCUCUUCAACACCACCCUACUCCCUGUUUUGACCUAUGCUUCGGAAACCUGA